UCUAGUACAUUAUAAGUGUGUUAGUUCACAAAGUACAUGUACAUGUGUGAUAAGAUGAAAAUACACGUGUAGUUAAGUAUUAAAGAUAUUGAUAUUUUUAGAUAAAGACAUAACACUAAAAUGAUUACGAGUUCGAGUUUCCUAAUUGCUGCAAUACUAUGUUCAUUAAUAACACUAUCAAUCUGUGAGGAAGAUGAGGCAACGAGUCUUGCUAAAGUAUUUGACGAAAUGGAUACUAACGGAAAUAAGAAAGUAACAUUUAAAGAGGUUUCAACAUUUUUGUCAAGUAAAGGGUUGAAUCAGGACGAUCAAGAUUUUAAAAGAACAGUUCAAACAUUCAUGGAUAGCUACGACAAAAACAAAGACAAAAUUAUAACUUAUGAUGAAUUCGUACCUAAACAUGACGAACUUUGAAACGUCAAAUACUAGAAGAUAUAUAUGUUAUCAAUGUUUAUACUGAUAUAUAUAUAUAUAACGAUGCACUUGAAACGACUGUAGAGUGACA